AUGUUGGAUGAUGCGCCGGAUGCGGCCCGCGCCCCCUUCAUGCUCGAAGACGCGCCGACAGCGCGAGCCUGGCGCUUUCCACGCUUGAACCUCCGGCAGGUCGCCCUGCUCGUGCUCGUCUUGCUGCUCGGUUUCUGGCUUGGGGCCGCCUUGAGCCCAACUCGGGCCACUACCAGGGCUCCACGGGCAAGUCAAGGGCCCGAAGCCCCGGCUCCCGCCACUCCGGCGGCUGCGACGGAUCUUUUGCCUUUGCAAGAUCUCCGGAGGAGCUUGGAGAAGCUCACAUCCCAGCUGCAGUUCGCCGAGCUGCGUGCGCCUGCUGCAGUGGCGUCCAGGAGCUAUGUUCGAGAUUGCGAGGUCAGCCGGCAGCGGGAUUACGGAGAACCAUUGCUGUCGCCUUGUACUCCUGACCUCUGUUCGCGGGGAGACGUGGAUAUGGGCACAACCUGCCAGGGCCGAGAGGAGACAUAUUACCGGUGCGAGCGAAGAUGUGGAGUUCGAGCGGCACGGCCAGGGGCUUCCGGCGAGAGGUCUCCCCCGCCACGUGGUAGCGUGAUCACCUGCUCUGAUGACUUUACAGGGCACUCCAGCGACCAGCGGCAUGUUGUUCAAAGAUCUUUGGAGUGGACUGCUUCUGCCGAUCACCUUCUAGUGGUGGAUCUUUGGGGGGGCGGCGGGGGAGGAAGCGGCUCAGUCAUAAAGAGGCAGCAAACACAAGAUAUCGAGGUGACAGUGAAUGUUGCUGGCUUUCGGGGCCAGUUCCGAGCUCCGAGUGGUGUCUACCAUCGCGAUGUUGACAGUGCUGGCAACGUCAGGUAUGUCAGCCGGGGCGACGUGUACCAUCUCGGGCGCGGGGACAAUUGCAUCAAUGCAAAGAAGCCCUGCUGGGGCAUCAGGCUGAACCCGGACCCCGAUAAUGUCACGUCAGACGACAUUCAGGGACCAAGUCUUUCCCCGGUUGCAGAGUUGGAUUGGCAAUCUGACGACCUGCCACUUGGCAGGCGAGACUGGUCCUUCUUCGAUACAUGGACAGGCCGUUAUGGAGGGCAGGGCGAGACACAGGGCGUUGUGGAAGUGAAGCGCUUGGUGACAUCCUAUGGAGUCUGUGGUGGCUCGGGCGGUGGCGGUGCAUUCGCCCGUGCUCUGGUGGAGGUUAAAGCCGGGCGCACUUACCGCGUCGAAGCUGGACGUGGUGGCAGGUUCGGCGCAGGUGGGCGCGGUGCCGAGAGAGGCCAAAGUAGCCGAAUGCUGGAGAAGAGUGACGUAGGGGAGUGGCGUGUCGUGGCAGAGGCCGGUGGAGGGGUCGGUGCCGGGUCAUUCGACGACAAGUCCCAGUUUUCCCCUGGAGGUCAAGGAGGUGCGGCGCCCGACUUAAAAGCUCACACAUCCACAGCUAGUGGACACCGAGGGCAGCCAUCUCGGUCUAGUAUGCAACUAUCGGACACCAUACUGUUUCCAGAUGCUUUGCAGACACUUCCGCGUAGGCUGUUCGAUGACAGUAUGGACCUGGUCUGCCGCAACACCCGAGGAGCAGCUGCAGGUGUGGACCGGAAGUCUGAGUACGCGUGCCUUGAUCCAGUUCCACGUGAUUAUAGAAGCUAUUUGCCAUCGGUGUGCAUGGUUCAGAAUGCACGCCGCCCGGUGGCCGGAUACUGGGAUUGGGACUACUUCGUCAGCUGCGACGUCCGCUGCGUGGGAACAGAGUGGCCUUCAUCCCCGUCCGGUGGCUCCGCCGCUAGUUCUACUGGGCUUGCAGAGCAGAUGAAGGCCGGACAGGGAGGGAAUGGCAGCUGCCCGCAAAAGCGGCAGCCCUUUAAGGCUUCGUUGGAGAACAGGCCUGGGAACAAUGGAAAGGAUGGUUUGGGCAUUGUCCGCCAUUGCAGGAGGGAGGGAGCUUAUACUCUCGCUCUGCAACGCUGUGAAGGCAGCAGCUCCUGGACCAUCCAUGGCCUGUGGCCCCGUGGCGUGCGAGACUGUGCAAACACCGCCCUGGAUGUGUCCGCUCUCUCCGGCCUGCAGCCCCAAAUGGUGUCCCAGUGGCCUUCGUGCUUGCCGUCUACUGAAGCUGAAGACUUCUGGCAACACGAGUGGCAGAAGCACGGCACCUGCUUCAGCAGCAGCCCAGUCCACUAUUUUGAGCUGACGCUGCGCUUGUUUGACCGGCACUCCCAUGCCUGCGCUGACUUCACAUCAAGAGAUUGCCGGCUCUGCCUCACCGAGGAAUUCGAGCUGUGCGACUGA